GUGAGCAGUCAUUGUGAAGCCAGUGGAUGGAAUCGGUGGAAGAAAAGAAAAAAAAAAAAAGCGAUCUCUGGUAACUAAUGAUGCAUCGUGUAAAACGUGUCAGAUUUAGGGCAGUAAUGUCCUUCAAUGCAAGAUCAUCUUAGUGUUGAAUGGUGCGGAGUGAAAGAACAGUGAAGACAACAUAGAAUCGCGUUGGCGCGUGCGCGAACACGAUGAUGAGGCCAAAGAUAGUGUUGUUUGGAGAUUCCAUAACGGAGCAAUCGAUCCGAGAGAAUGGAUGGGGUGUUCCGCUAGCCAAUGCCUAUUCCCGCAGGGCUGAUAUACUUGUUCGUGGUUAUGGUGGAUACAACACUAGGUGGGCUAUGUUCUUACUGAAGCACCUCUUCCCUCUGGACUCAACUACACCACCUAUUGCUACCACAAUCUUCUUUGGUGCUAAUGAUGCAGCUUUGUUAGGAAGAACCAGUGAAAGGCAACAUGUACCUAUUGAAGAAUUCAAAGAGAACCUUAGAAAAUUUGUUCGACACUUGAAGGAAUGCUCGCAAACUAUGCAAAUUGUGCUCAUUACUCCACCUCCACUCAGCGAGGAAGGACGCCUGGAAUAUGCAAAAUCCCAAUAUGGUGAGAACGCUACCAAAGUGCCUGAAAGAACAAAUGAAGUAACUGGUCAAUAUGCUAAUGCCUGUGUUGAGGUCGCAAAUGAAUUGGGCGUGUGGUAUAUCAAUCUGUGGUCCAAAAUGCAAGAAAUAGCUAACUGGCAAACGAAAUUUUUGAGGUUUGUUACUACCUGGCCUAGAGAAAUAGUGACUCUGAUAUAAGUGUGACUGAGUUUU